AUGGGCGGAGAGCCCAUUGCCACGGUUUUCGGCAAGAAGAAAUAUCUCUGGGGGAAUGUCCCUGCUUUCGAUCUACUUCGGCUGGAUAAAAACGAAGGAAGUGAAUACGGUGGCGAAAUACGUAUUUUAUGUGCCGCUUCGGGGGAUAUCCGACAUCUCGUCAAGACCAUCGCCCAAUUACCGAGCACUUAUAACGGCAAGAUCGAGAUGACCUUGAACGAUCGAGAUCUUGAUAUUGUGGCACGUAAUAUCAUUCUGCUUCUCAUCGCUAUGGUGGUAGAAGAUAUCGAUACGGCGUCAGAUUGCAUGAUUUCUCUCUGGUACUCAGCCCUCAUCCGCGAGUCGGAUCUCAAAAUCCUACAGCAGCAAAUUAAGCCCCUAAUCAGCGAUAUCUGUGAUAAGAUUGCAGAAAAGCCGCCCGGUGGUCUCUUUGGUAAGACAUGGACGUUUGGGAAACGCUCGGUCAGGGUCGUCCUUGAAAAGUCGGCAUGGAUCCGUCUUCUGUCGUUCCUUGACGUACCGACAGGCUUAGAUGUCCAUCAAGCACAGAAGAUCCGCACUGACAAUACUCUCGCGGAAUCAAGAAAGGAUUAUCGAGAUCGAUACCUUUGUUUAAUUUCUAAUCUUCACCGAGUCGCAUUCAACCGAUUCCGCGAAGACGGUCUUCUUCUCCCAUUUGGGUUCCCCAGACAUGACUUUCGAGUGCCGAAUCCUACCUUUUUUCAGGAUGAAACCACGUGGCCGAUGCAAGACAGCGCAGAUCCUAGGCACGGGUGGCCUGCAGAGGAUGUCGAAAGGACACCCUGUGGCCCAGCCAGCGCGGACAUAUAUGGGAAGUUGUAUUUCUAUCUUCGAAGAAUCCUACCUUCUUUUUUGAGUGGUCUUCGUGGCCUUGAAAUGGCCUCCUUCAAGCUUUUUCAAGCCGAUGUGACUUCUCUCUCUGACCUUCUCGAACCAGAUUCCUUCGCUCGGAUCGAGGUUUCCAAUAUAUCGGACUCCGGAUGGUUAGGAAUUCACCGUACACUGGCCUACAUGAUGCCUCUGCUCCAGAAAAGGAAUGUCAAUCCCCACGCGACGUUAAUUACUCUCUUCAUGAAUGCAGUGGAGGAAACCCUGACAGACGAAGACAAGAUGCGGGAUAUGACACCAAGCAGUGCAUCAUCGCGAAGACUCAUGCGGUAUAUUCCGCACAAGGGAAGCCGGGUUACUAGAUAUGACCCAGUCCUUGUCAAACUUUACAUGGGGCGUGAUCUGGUAACGGGAUAUGACUUUGCUUUCGACAGGUAUUGCCGUCAACUGGAGCCCCAGAAGAUAGAACAGCUUCUGAAUGCUGUCAUGAAGGAAAACCAUACGAUCAUCGACAAAUGGCCGUAUAGGUUGAAGUUGAGGCCCAGCCAGGCUGGUGCUCAGGAGGAAUUUGAUCGGUCUCUGAGUAGUGGGUUGACAAGUAAGGAGCGAUAUGUAGAGUGGAAGAGGACUGGGUAG